ACCACGUGACGGACGUUCUCCAGGCCGGGGUUUGUUGCUGUCAGAGAUUUGCGACGCGGGCGACGCGGGGGAGAAUUAUCUGCCGAGUGCCGAGGAAAAUCAUGGAGCUGUCGGCGAUAGGAGACCGGGUUUUCGCCGCGGAAGCCAUCCUAAAGCGACGCGUCCGAAAAGGUCGUAUUGAGUAUCUGGUUAAAUGGAAAGGAUGGGCACUGAAGCACAGCACGUGGGAGCCAGAGGAGAACAUUCUGGACGAUCGGCUCAUCACGGCGUUCGAAAGAAAGGAGCGAGAGCAAGAGCUGUAUGGCCCAAAGAAGCGGGGACCUAAACCAAAAACCUUUGUCCUCAAGGCAAGAGCUCAAGCAGGUGAGCCGUCAUCACGAGGGUCCACCACUCGUCAGGCCCCUCCUCGCUCUUCCUCCUCAUCUAUAGCCCCUGCCAACCCUCCAUCAUCCUCGUCUUCAUCCUCCCUGGCACCGACGCCCAGGUUGCACUCCCUGGCUGCCUCCCAUAAGCUGAAGAAAGACAUCCAUCGCUGCCAUCGCAUGUCCCGGCGACCUUUGCCCCGACCCGACCUCUUGGCCAACCCAGACGGCUCCUCCUUUGCCUCCCGCCCCCCCAUCUCGCCGUUCUCUGAGACUGUGCGCAUCCUGAACCGCAGGGUCAAGCCGCGAGAGGUGAAGCGGGGUCGCAUCAUCCUCAACUUAAAGGUAAUCGACAAAUAUGGCAGCGGAGGGGGCGGAGCAACCCACAGGAGGCCGGCACAGUCACACCAAGGGCGAGCGCAGAUCCCGUCCCGGAACCGCAUCAUUGGAAAGAGGCAGGGCGAACUGCCCUACAGGCCUUUCCAGCCUCCCAUGAAGAUGCCCGGCUUCCCAAUGUACGGUCAGCCAUUCGGGCUCCAGCCCUGCCCCAUGGUUUCAGUCAAGACUAGCAGAAGCGCAGGACCCACCACUGGGAGCAAAGGUGCGGGCAGAAACUGUGGCCCAGGCCAUUCUUCAGCAGAGCAGUUCCAGUCGCCCCCUUCGCCCUCCAGCUCCAGUGGGUCUGAAAGUGACGCCCCAUCUCUGCCCCAAAUCCAGGCCACUCCCCCGAAGGCCCCGCCAGACUCUGCCCCAUCCUCCCCUCCAGUACUGAGCCCAGAAACCCCGUCCCGAGCCACUGAUGACCCUCAGAAUUGUCCCAGUAGCGCCCAGCCUGGGUCUGUGUCUGACCCUGUGCCUUUCCUCCCCUCCUCCCCAUCCCUAUCCUCUUCCUCUCCUUCAUCGUCGUCACCAGAGGACGAUGAUGAGAGGGCUCGGAAUGUACCCCCUGCGCCCAAGGACGGGAAGUGGAAACCGCGGCGACGGACUCGGGCAUCCGUCUCCAAGUCUGCCCGGCAGGGCGACGGCUCCCGCCCUUUGGCCGAGAAGAGUGCCCCGGAACGCGGCGACCCUGACUGGCGCCCCGAACGGGCACCCAGCUGUGCCAACGUGGUUGUCACGGACGUAGCCACCAACCAUCUCACUGUUACCAUUAAGGAGUUCUGCCAGCCUGGAGCAGGUUCGGCUGGUUCCGUGGCUUCUGCGCCCGCUUCUCCCUCCCACUCGGAGAACCUGACAUCCUUCACCCCGUCUUCUGCCUAAUCCUCUUCAUCCACCACUAUCAGUUCCUGUUUUGCCCAGUAACCCCUGUAAGAACCUGCUAUAGAGAUGUUAACCCCCCGUCCCCAAAAAAGAGUCGCUAUCGAUGAAACUGAAACGUAUUUUUAAACGAUGGAAGUAAUCUGUAAGGGGUUGCACACACCUCCCCGAUGUGUUCUUUUCAACUGCACAGACCCCCAUUAGUACUAGAUUCUAGUACUUUAUCCGUUUUUGUUAGGGAGGUUUUCCAGUGACCCUGUGUUUCUGGACUCUUUGGUGUUGUCCCGCAGAAACCGUGCCUGCCUUGAUGUGAUUAUGUGAAAACCUUAGCAUGAGGUCACUCACACUCAUGCGGGUGAGUGUGUGGCGCUCUUUUGUUUUCACCUCCAAGCCCUGAAAGUAUGACAAAUCCAUCUGCGCAAUACUAUGAAUAUUUAUGAGAUGGAAAUCGAGAUGAGAAGGCGCCUAGGCUGAUAGCUGAGGUCGUUUCCAGGAUGGCAGGAAGUGAUUACUAAAGAUAAAAGUCUUCUUGCUUGUGGUGUUCGAGAGUUGGAAUAAGUGGUGGAAUACCAGUAAGUAGUUUUUUGAUGUUUCGCCUGUCUGUCUUUAACACGCUUUCCUGUUAAGAAUCUGUAUUGUACUUCUUAACACUUCACUGUUAAGGUGCUUUACUGAACUUAACACUUCUCUGCUAAGAAGCUACACUGUGUUUUUAGCAAUUGAGUUUUUAAAAAGUAGUAUACUGAAUUAUUAACAUUUCUACAUUCACCUCACCAUUUGCGUUCAUAGAUUAAGAGAACACUGUAUUAAUCCCGAAGGCAAUUGCGGUUUUUGUAUGUGUAAUUCUGUACAGGAAAUUACUGUACACGUGAGAAGUCCCAUAUCCAAGCUGCCCCUUUAGGGCUAGAGAGAUUUAAACGCCGUCGUUUUUUCCGACGAAUGUGUAACUGUUCGUGCCCAGCCUUGGGGUGGACAAGUAAGAAACACAGGGUCAUCUUUUGAAUGCGGACUGAAAGUCCUGCUUCACCUGAGGUACGUGGCGUCCUUGCAUACGAGGACGCGGUUAGGACCGUCGAUCUUUUGGCAGUGGCUGAAAUGCAGGGUCACAGGUCCACCCUCCUGGGCCCGAAGUCCCGGAGGAGUUCUCUAACUGUUCCGCACGCAUACACUCAAGCGUGUUUAUACGCACAUGCACAAAUCAAAAGCUGCAGAGAUGGCUGAAAGGACCUCAUGCUCCACCUCUUCCCAUGUUUUACUAACACAUACGUCCACCAAGACUCUAAACUGCCAAUUUAGUGAACAUGCCAAGGACUGCAUCUCAAGAUCUCUACUAUCCUGCCCUUUCACAUACACACCGUUCCUCCUUCUAGAAAGCACUGGUACCAUUUUCCGUCUAGACUAGUUUGUUUUUAGUGUUUUUUGUUUGUUUGUUUCACUUAAUAUUGCUGUUUCACAAAGCUAGUUUAAGAAGCUUGAAACAAUUUUUUGUUUGUUUGGUUUUUCUCCUCCGUUCAACAAAGUUCUACCAGAUGUGUCUACUGCCCUGGUGGAUGAAAACAUUCUUCACUUACAGCGCUCUUUGGACUGGCAUGUAAACAUUUCACGUACAGUGACGUCUGGUGGUGCUUCUUACAAUUGUUCAGUGAAACCACUUCUGGCCCAGCUAGGUGCUAGCACUGUCACAUCAUCAGAUCUGGGAUCAAAGUGGUCCAUUUAGUUUUCUAUACAUAAUUACUGCUCAUCUCUGCUAGCUAGCAGGGUAAAAAUAAUGCUUGUUAGGUUGUUUUAGCUUUUUUUUUUUUUCCCACAGAGCUUAAAGCUGAAAUGCUAAUGUGAAUGUUACUUGUUCUAAGAGUUUGGGGUUGGUAUAUGCUCUCUUGCUUUGAUCAUUCUGAGCCUGGCCCAAACGAGAGCCGCAUCAUAACUCAUGAACUCCUACUAUAUUUUUAUUUUUAUGGCUGCUCGACACAGAAGUUGUUGGUGAAGGUUUAGUGUAUUUAAUGAGUGACACCGAUGUCAUCCUCCUGUAGACCUCGGGGGGGGAGACUGUAACACUCCUGGUGGUUGCCGGAGUUCAGCAUUGGAAGUUCAUAUGGCAGCUAGCUCGACUGCGGUGAAGGAGAGCGCUGGGUCAGAUGCUACCGAUGGACCUGCACCACUCUCGCCGCUUCACUCUAGAACCCGUUCAAUGAAGCUGCAGGCGGCCCCAGACCUGCUCCGAUAGGCCCCUGCUAAUCUUAAUGACUGUGCCUUUGGGAAUGUUGGCCAGAGGAUAGCGUGAAGGAACAUUUCACAGGGUGGUAAAGGUGGGGGCGUGGCAUAGACAUGGCUGCAUGCCCCCGUGCACUCUAAACUCGCUACGUUGGCAGUUUUAUUUUCGCUUUAUUUCGUUUUAGGGGUAAUAUUCUGACGUCACCUGUCUGCUUCAAGGCAGGUUGGCCCUGAGGUGUUGACAAACUCCUGAUAUUAAUUAGCCAACGAUCGAGUCUACCCUUCCACAGCACUGCUCUUCUGGUUUUAGACUAUAUUGUUCAGUUGUUCCCUAUACAAGUUCCCCUACCCCAUUAUAUUAGGACCAUAUGUGAAGUUUAUCCCAGGACUGGGAGAAUCGUACUCCCAACUACCUUCUCUGGUGCUGCCCCCUGGUGUUGGGCAUCCGCAUGUGGUGGGUCUUUACUAUAUUCAGUAUAUAACGCAUGUGUUGCCUUCUGCUCCUGUGGUUUGGCCCUGCCACCCACAACUUGGGGACCCCUCCUCCCUUAGGAAGUGUUCCAUGUUAUCGUUUACCCGUUUGUACUGUGCUAGCGAACUAACUAGGAGCUACUGUGGCGUGAAGCGGCCCGUGAUGCCGAUUUGUCCUUGACCAGUAGCACAGCACCACGAUAUCCAGUGGCCUGCACUUUGGUUUUAAUAGGGCUCCAGUUUCUGUUUGGAUUGUAGCCACCAGGACCAGUAGUGGUGCCUGUGAGGAGAGAGAAUUAUUCUUAUAAAAGGAAAAAAAAACGAUUUAGACAUAAAUUGAACACCUUCAGAUAACUAAAGAUUAUCUGGAGCAUCUUGGUUAGGGAUUUUUGGUUUUGUUGUUUUUUUUUUGUGUGUAUGUUUUAAAUUUCCGUACUGUAGAAGUGAUUAUCAAGUGCCACCUUUCUUUUGUAGCCAGCGUUGUUCUAUUUUAAUAGUUUAAUUUGGGUUUGAGAGAAUGGAAAACCCAAAAACAAAUAUGUGUGAUUAUGAAAUGUGUCUAUGGUUUUAUGUAUAAGGUAAAUUCCAUUAAUGAAGAUGAUGAUGAUGAUGAUGAUGAUAUUGUGAUGUAUCUGAUGCAUGUUUUGCAAAACCUGAUUGUACAGGUCAUUCAAAUGUCAUUUAUUGGUGUUGCUUUGUGUGUUCAUCUUGUAAGAUGCUUUUAAUAAAAUCCACCCCAAACAUGUCA